AUGAGUGCUUCUGGAAGUGGAGUGGCUGCCAUCUAUGGCAGGGCGGAGGAGGCCCAAAAUGCCCCGGUGAAGCUGCAGCCAGUCCCCGCUUUUGAACUCUAUAAAGCUGCACGCGAGGAGGAGCUGUGUUCGUACCGCAGCCUUUGUCGGGUGUUGUGUAUGCACAGCGGCGGGAAGUUGACCAAACAACAACGACGGAUUUUGGAGGACAUGCGGGAGGAGUUGUGUUUGCCCACGGAGCGCGCCGAAGCCGAAUUGGCGGCGGCCCGGGAGGAUGUUUUGGUCACGAGUGUUGCCGCCUCUGGUGUGUUGAAGCGUCGCCAGGAUUUUUUUGAUGGGGUCACUGAUGUUCCUCUUGACACACUGAGCUACGCGGAGUCUGCGAAGGAUGAUAAUAAUUCCUUAUACGUCGCACAAACGAAAGUGGCGAGAACAGAGCAGAUUGUCGGUGGUGUUCACGGUCGUCAUGCAGCUCCAAGUAAGAUGUCGAUCCGAGAGAUUCAUAAAAACUUGGAGCGAAUCGGGAGGGAAGUUGCUGCAACUAGCAGUAAGUUGCUUUACUGCACCUCUGUGGUAGAUCAACAAGCGUACCGUAACGUACUGCAACAGAAGCGGGAACAACUUCAAGCGAUGCUUAGGGAAGUGGAGGAUGCCCCUCCAGACAUGUCUGGUAUCGCCAGUGUAAUGCCUUCAGAGCAUGUCUACUGA